AGGUUUCGAGUAUGAGUAGCGAUGUUAUGCGACUUGAAGAUGUGGUUGGAACUAACACGAGUAACCUGAGCACUGAAGUUAACACACCAAUUGAGAUCGAAGUUGACAUUGGUAACUUAUUAGCACUCGACCACAACUCACUUCCUGUUAAAAUUGCAACUUACAGCGAAUCGAAGCGAAAUGAUUUGUUGAAGUCGGUCGCUCGUGAUUGUACUCAAGUUAUUGUUAAUAAACUUUGGCAAUGUCCGACUAAAGUCGAUUAUGACUCAGUUGUAGCUCUGCUUCCCGCGCCGACGUUUCCGAUUCCGAGAGAAAAACCAGUGCCCAAAUCCAGGCCUCCGACAAAGUGGGAAGAGUUUGCGAAAAAGAAGGGCAUUCAAAAGAAAGAAAGGAACUCGAAAGUUUGGGAUCCAGAAACAAAAACUUGGAAGUUUAGCUGGGGUUAUAGAAAACAAACAGGUGAAAAACAACAGAAGGAUUAUGCGGCCAAUUUGAAACGAGAAAUGGAGCAAGAAGAAAAUGAAAAUCGACCAACUGGAAAAGAUCAGAAAAAUUUUAACAGCAAGAAGUAUUUGACAAAAGGUGAAAGGGUGGCAAAGAACGAGUUGAACAGGUUAAGAAAUAUUUCGAAAUGGAAGAAGCAUUCAGGUGCAGGCGACGGAGGAAUUUUGCCGACGCCGACAAUGAAUAAUCACUAUAUUCCACUCAAAUCCGAAUCUAGAAAAGCACUUGAUGUUGCAACGACAAGUACAGCGUCACUUGGGAGAUUCACAGAGACCCUGAAAAACGAUCCUAGAAAAGGGAGAGGAAAGCAAAUGUUACAAAUUAAGGAGAAAAAUAAACAAACAACAGCAGAGCUAUCAAAAGACAGGGCUAAAAACGAGCGAGAUGCAAUGUUGAAAGUGUUUGAAAAUCUGCAAAAUAAGAGAGACUCUGUUGAUAAAGCGACUGCGGCUAAAGCGUUUGUUAACAGAAAAGAUGCGGCUAAAAAAGACGAGGAAAUUUUGGGCAGAAAACCACUUUCAAAAACAGCCAAGAAAAAGAAAGACGGUGCGAGAAGUCACGCUAAUAGAGUUCCAAUUGCGCAAUUGAAAAAAGGAAUGAAGAAAAAGCCAUUCGGAAAAACGGGUAGCGGGGGAAAAGUUACUAAAAAGAAGAAUGCAGUAGUUGGGGGAAAGAAAUAGAAAUUUUUGUUAUUUAGUGACAAAAAUUGGCAGCGUCCAUUGACAGGCCAUGAAUUGCGAGAAAGGAUCUUUUGUGGAUUUUUUCGUCAACUGGCGCUAUUAAGUCUUGAACUCUCGUUGAUUUUCUUUUUUGCUUAUGAGUUUUCUUGUAUAGAUACGAAAGGCUUAUCAUACAGGUAAUAAUUAAAAUUAUGGAACAGAA